UGGUGGUAUCUCUAACAAGCCAUUAACCCCUUAACCGUUUUGGACGAGCUGUGCUCGUCCUUGCCAGGCCGUCCCCAAACCGUUUUGGACGAGUGUAGCUCGUCCGCGCUGAAUACGUUCUUCCCUCCAGCGUUUCGGACGAGCGGCGCACGUUUGUGGCGUAGCUUGCAUUUUUACUCGACAGAUGGCAGCACUGACCGCUUAAUUUCUUUUUCUUCAACCGCGUAAACUUUUUUUUUCGUAGGGCAACCUUGGUUUAAAAUGGCAUCCAGUGGAGGCGACACGUGUAUUGCUGGCCCGUCUUCUCGGAAACGGCGCUUUUCUUCGUCGUCAUCUUCGUCAGACGAUGGUGAUUCAGACACUGAUGUGUACAUUGUUUCAGGGAGCGAGGAUGACAGUGAUGAUGUUGUACUCAGCAGCUCUUCUGAUGAAGAAGAUGAUUGCUCGGAAGCGAACUUUGCGAGCGCGCGUCAGUGGAUGAAGAUCGACGUCACGAACAUUCCUACACGACCUCCUCGGUUUCCUUUUCUGGCAGUUCCCGGUAAGACGUUCACUAUAAGCUCGCCUGGUGACUUGCUUGAAUAUAUUCAGCGUUUCCUCGAUGAUGAACUCAUUUCAAUGGUGGUCGAAGAAACUAACCGCAAUGCUGCUGAGAAGGUGAAGGGCUGCGGUCCGUGUGAGCAUAGCCGCGUCAAAAAAUGGGUGCCGGUGACUGAGGAGGAGAUGUGGGUGUUUCUUGGUCUCUUGCUGUUGCAAGGAAUUGUGCAGAAGCCACGACAGGAUUGGUAUUGGUCCAGGAACAAGCUCUUAUUCACACCUAUUUUCGGAGAGGUGAUGAGUGGCAACCGGUUUCAGCUCCUGAUGCGGAUGCUGCACUUUGCUGAUAAUUCCAGUAUCAGCGACCUUAGCAGUCACCCGCAGCCGAAGCUGCACAAGAUAUGGCCGUUUCUGGUUCGGUUGUUGAAGAACUAUCGCUCAGCCUACGUACCGGAGCGAGACAUAUCCAUUGAUGAAAGCCUUAUGCUCUACAAAGGAAGGCUUGGCUGGGUACAGUACAUUCCCCUCAAGAGAGCCAGAUUUGGCCUGAAAUUUUUCAUGCUUUGUGAGGCGUCAUCGGGGUACGUGUGGGAUGUUAUCAUCUACACAGGAAAAGGCACCAACCUCGGCACACCAGCAAAUGUCGACCCUACGUCUCCAAUGGGAACGAAAGUGGUGAUGAAGCUUCUGGAGCCCUUGCUAGGCAAAGGCUACUGCCUGACCGUAGAUAAUUUUUAUACGUCACCAGAGCUCGUCGACCUCCUCCUCCUGAACCGCACAGAUGUCUAUGGCACAGUCAGAGCAAAUAGAAAAGACAUGCCUCCCGAAUUCCGCACACAGAAGCUGAAAAAGGGAGAGAUCCAAGCUUACCAGCGCGGUAAGUGUGUCGCCCUCCAAUGGCGCGACAAAAAAGUAGUGACUGUCCUGAGCACUGUGCACAGCGCAAACAUGGAGACGUUCAAAGACUCGAAAGGGAGGGACGUGACAAAGCCAAGCAUCGUGCGGGACUACAACCACACAAUGGGCGGUGUCGACAAGUCAGACCAGAUGCUGGCGAACUACCCUGUCCCCAGAAAACGGCAGAAAAUAUAUUACAAGAAGAUUUUUCGCCACUUGCUUGAUGAGUUGACAUUUAACUCCUUUGUUUUGUAUCAAAAGGAAGGAGGGAAGAUGAACCACCUCGACUUCCGCCUCGCCCUUAUUGAAGCAAUCUUCAAUAGGUACCUCGACCCCGCGCGAAAGAUAAAGCGUGGCCGGCCUUCUGGCGUACUUGAUCCCAUACGACUUCAAGAGAGGCACUUUCCAGCUUACAUCCCUCCAACCGAAAACAAGGCAACUCCAACCAGGAAAUGCUUCAUUUGCUGCAAAAAGCAAGGAGACAAAGGCCGGAAAAUUAGGAAGGAAACACGAUUUUGGUGCAAGAGCUGCAACAAACCGCUAUGCGUGAUCCCUUGUUUUGAGAUUUACCACACCGUCCCAAUGCUUCCUCGGUGAAGCAAUCAACUUUUUGUCACCACAACUCAGUGAAAGAGUUAAGAAAUCGGUGGCUGUGGUCAUUCUUUAAUUUUUAUUGUUCAUUACCAGCAGAAAGUUCCUUUUCUUUUUUCUGAGAAACAAUAAACUUGAAUAUGCUACUUUGA